AUGCGCAGUACUUUUUUGUACAGCGUUGCAGCACUGACUGCCUGUUCCUCUGCUCUGGCCGUUCCCACUACCAGUAAUGGUCGACAAACGAGCCUCAAGGGUGGCGACGACGACGACUAUGACCUCGAGCCGUCAGCAAACUUUGCAUUCUCGGGCAUCACCACGUUUGCCAAACUUCCCUCGGUGCAGUGCCUGACGGAGACGGGACCGGUGGACGACAUCCUGAUCCUAGGAUUUCCCUUCGACACGGCCACGUCGUACCGGACCGGCACGCGCCUGGGGCCAAAUGCCGUGCGUCAGGGUUCUCGAGCAGCUUCUCUAGCUGGCCACUACAACUACCGCCAGUCAAUCAACCCGUACAAGCACAACAUCUCGGUCGUCGAUUGUGGGGAUUUGCCCAUUUCGCCGUUCGACAACGGUCUCGCCUUCGCCCAGAUGGAGGAGUGGUACAAGCGGCUUUUGUGGAGGGAGGUCAAGUCCACGGAAAAGGGAGUCUGGUCCUCAAAGACCGGUAGACACCACCCCCAAAUCGUCGCUCUGGGCGGCGACCACAGCAUCUCCCUCCCGAUCCUGCGCGCGUUGAACACGGUCCACGGCAAAGUCUCGGCCGUCCACAUCGACGCGCACAUCGACACGUGGUCGCCCAAGGUGUUUGCGGGCGCCAAAGCCGGGAGCAAGCAGGCCCAGUUCGCCGACGGCACGCCGUACUAUUGGGCGGGGAUGGAGGGGUUGCUGAGCGCGAGGAACGUGCACGCGGGGAUCCGCUCGUCGCUGGAUUCGGAGAAGGACAUGGAGCUCGACGAGGAGGUCGGCUUCGUCACCAUCCCCGCCGCGGACAUGCUGAAGCGCGACGGCGUGUGGGGCGUCAUCGACCAGAUCCGCGCUGUCGUCGGCACUUCGGGAGAGCCCGUCUACGUCUCCCUCGACGUCGACUGUCUCGACCCGGCCUUCGUGCCCGGCACCGCCGGCCCGGCCUCGGGCGGCUGGACCCCCCGCGAAGUCAUCCAGAUCAUCAUCGACGCGCUCGAUGGGCUGAACAUUGUGGGUGUCGACGUCGUCGAGAUUCUGCCCUCGUUGGACCAGGCUGAAAUCACGGGCAUCGUCGCCGCCGAGUUUACUAUCGAGCUUAUUACCCGACUGGUUAGGAACAGACUCGGUCUAUGA